CUUACCCCACUUGCUCUAAGCUCCCAGUGUGGUGCAAGCAAGCACAAGAGGAGCUUGAGAUUCAACAGGCAGCCGAGAAAGUUAACUGUUUCUGUGCAACUCCCGCAAACCUCUGUCUGCGGCUCGGAGGAAAAGGUCCUGUGAAGAAUGGGAUCUUUUCGUUACGUUCUUCUCAGAAAAGCAAAGCGACCCUCAUGUGGAUGUACCUGAACUAAUAUGAGUGAUUGAGGUUUCGAACAAGGAGUUAAGUCUCUCUCUCUCUCUCGUUCUCUACACUGAAGAUUCUCAGGAGACAAUGAAGAAGACUUGAAAUAUGAUCAAACUUUCUGUUGGUUAGGAAGAGACACCACUGCCAAGAUGAACCCACAGUCUCUGGACUCAUCCAUCCAGAGUGCCCUGUCAGCCCUCUUCCCUCCCUUCGAGGCCACCGCGCCCAUCGUCCUCAGCCAGCUCUUCCGCACCAUCGAGGAGCGUUACCACGGCGACGCCUUGCAGUGCCUGCUGGACUUCCUGAUCCCUUCCAAGCACAUCCUUGAGAGCGUGCAACAGGCGGCAUGUGCUGCCUACUCGGAUGUAAUUUUCUGCCAUGAGGGUUGGCCACUGUGUCUGCAUGACCAAACGGUGAUCCACCUCGCUCCCCUGAACCCUCUGCUCCUGCGGCCGUCAGACUUCUACCUCCAGGUGGAGCCCUUUGGGGAACAAGCGGCGAGAAUCGUCCUCAAAAGCCUCCUCGCUGAAGGGUGUCGCGAGGUGGAGGAGACCCCCAUACUGGAGACCUCCUACCCCUGCAUCUUCACGGAGGAUUGGCUGCGGGACAUCAAUGAGGGGCGCCACGGCACACCUCUGACGCGCUGCUUGCUCUCCACAGACCAGGGGGUGAUAAAGUUGCCCUGGGCAAAAGUUGCCAUUCCGGAGUUCAUAGAAAAGCCUAAGCCCACGGUGCCAAGCUCGUUACCGCUCGCUCGGGACACACCUCCGGAGCCCAGGAGGCUUUUGACUCCAUCCCAUUAUAACUCGUCCACCUUGCCAAUGGAGAGCUUGCUUCUACCGAGGAGGGACAGGAUGAGAGCGUCUCUGAGAAUUCCAGAAGACUCUUCCAAACUGGUCAAGGUGCACAAUGACAGGCCCGCUCCCAAAACCUGCCCCAAACCCUCACCCAAGCCCAUUGGUUGGGUUUCACCCAAUACCUGGGACUGCCAGAACUAUCGGGAGAUAGAGGGCGACUACGUUGACCUUGUUGAUCUGGUCAAGGACAAAGAGGCUUUGGCUAAACUCGACAACCACCCAAACCCCCCCGGUUCCAUCUCAUUCAAACCCGUUCGGCCGCCUCCGCCGGUACCGGUCGCCAACGGCAGCGGAGUUGGUGGACGCAGCCUUCGGUACGGCGAAGGGGCCUUUCCACCUUGUAGCCAGAAGAGGUUGAGCUACGAGAUGUCCGAACAGGAGAUGAAAUGUAGGUACAGGGAUUCUUACACGGCGGCACUGAAGAACCCUGUGGCGUUUGAGAGAGGGAGCGCAGAACUGCUCGCCGCUCUGAAGGAGUUUGGCUUUCAGAGCCCGGAAGACUUUGGACCCAAUGGUAGAUUUGUCACUCACGGAGAUCAUCCCGGACACUCGUUGAACUGCUGUAAAGACUAUGAGCCACAUAAGGAGCCCCAGCGACGGAAGGCAUGUUGUCAAAUGCCUGAAAGCAUUGAGUCCCAUGCUAAAGAACCCAGCGGACGUUUAGUAGCAGAAACUCUGACCAAAGAAUUACAAUUGGAUGAAAAAUUUGCCUCAGGUGGAAUUCCUCGCCAGAAAGUUCAAACAGACAUUCUUAUCCCCCAUCAAAAAGGCCAUGGAUCUAAAGGUCAGACGAAGGCCAACGACUCUCCUGUGGAAAAAUGUGAGGAUAACAUCAUCCCUCAUCACAAAGCAGAGGUGCUGAAACCACCAGUGAAAUUCAAAGCCAAACUAAGGUCUCUCUCCACGGUGUCCGAGUCACCCAAAGGGAGUCCCAUUCUCUACAAGCUCAACAACAGGAGUCACAGUGACAUUUGCCCUGAAAUGAUUCCUAGCAUCAUUCAUUACAAGCAGAACGCAGGCUUUAGUCUGGCAACUCAAAAAGAGGAAGUACGUCAUUCGCCCAAAAAGGACCUCCAGUCAAACAACAACACAGACGGAUCAUAUUUAAAGCUCCACGACGUCAAGACAGACAAGCCUCUGCCGUCCCCUAGAGAACCACAGCCGUCCGUCUGUCCUGCUGUCCCCUCUGCUCCUCAGAGCCAGGAGGCCACUCUGAGAAGCAUUGUUGGGCUCCUUCAACUUGGCACCAUAUGUUUGCCAGGAGGGCGGGACAAGACGGGUCGCGCGGUACUAGAAGUGCACGGGGAGAGGGCGAUGUGGACGGCACCUCUGGCCUCAGCCCCGCACCUCUGCAGGCUGAUUCUCUACAUGAGCCUCAUACCAAGGAAAGAAGUCCGAGAUUUGGGCAUGACACUUGUGAUCGACGCCAGGAAGAGGCCUCCUCCCCCACUCCUCUACAAAGCCCUGUUGAUGGCCCAGGAGCAAGCUCUCCACGCGGUCCAUAGUAUUCUGAUACUAGUGGACAAAGACACCGUCCCCCGCCCUGAGAGACAGCCCGGAUUACAGAUGGAUGUGGUGACCUCUUUAAAAGCACUCAACAAGAUAGUGGAGGCUUCCCAGCUGACCUCUGACCUGGGCGGGACCUUUGCCUACAGCCAUACCGAUUGGCUACAGCUCCACCAGAGGCUGGUGUCCUUCACGACUGACCUGCAAGGGGCUGACAGUUUGCUUCAAAAGGCCAUCAAGAAAGUUGAUGAAACCAAAUCUAUGGACACCGCACAGGAGGUGCAACAAUGCAUACAGGAACAGAGAACCUCAAUGAAGGAAGUGCUGGAAAACAGCCGGCUGGUCUCUCUGCAGAGAGAAGGAGGAGCCAUCCUUGCCCGAUUCAGGAGAGAAGACCUCCGCUUCCAGCAGUCAGAGGACAGCAGAGAUGCAGUGGAGGCAGUCACCAGCCUGUACAACCAGUUGGAGGAGAAGCUCCAUACUCUGGUGAUGCGCUCCAAUGAGUCGCUUCAGCACCUGCAGCAUCUCUUCAGGCUACGAGAGGUGGAGGGCCACAUCAACGCGGCUGGGAUAUGGUUCAAUAGGGAAGGGGAAGCUACGUUGAAGGACAACUCAACACUAGACACCCUGAAGGACUCUGAGACGGCCCUGCAGCACCUCGACGCCUUCCUCACACAGGCCAUGGAGAAGAAGCAGGUAGCGUUGGCUCUCAUGCUGGAGGCGCAGAACAUUGUGGACACCAGCCCCCCCAGCCCGGCCACAGACGUGUUUCGGACCGUGGUCAGCACUUUCAAAUCCAACAUGGACGACCUUCUACAUCGGGCGGAGCCAAAGCGGAAGGAGCUUGACGUCCUCACGCAACUGCACCGCUUCUGUGAACAGGCCUCGGCUAUGGCGGAAGAAUGCGUUCCUUAUCUGGAGCAGGUAGAGGGGGAGUGUUACCUCACUGAGGCCACUCAAAGCACACUCAAUAAAUAUGAGGAGAGAUUUUCUGCAGAUUUAUCCUCACCGCACUUCCAGGCUGUGAAAACACAGGCCCUAGGCCUCGGCCCCAGGGCCUCCGGGGUGCUCAGGGCGUGGAAUGCUGCCUGGGUCCAAUGCCAGAAAGUCAGGCAGCGUCUGGGGGAGAGUGGGAAGAUGAAGUGUGUCCCUGACAACCAGAACCAGGCGGUUCCAGCCGCCGCCUCCCAAGGGGAGCUGGGGGUGCAGGAGAGGAAGGAGGAGGAGAGGAAGGGUGAAGAAGAGGAGGCGGAGGACGUGGAGAAGAGGAGAAAAUCGGCGGAGGCUGGAGGCCUUCUGACCCGGGGGUCACCAGCCUCUUCUACAGAGGUCAAUAACGCAGACGGGGACCAGGGGAGGGAGAAGAAGAAGAAGAAGAAGAGCUGCGAGGGCGAGCCUGGAGGAAAGGCGUGCGCCGCCCAGUGGCCUGGCCCCCAGUCGACCCCUGAUCCAUGCCCGGGGCUCCCGGGCGCGGCGGUGAAGGAUGAGGUCGUGACGGGUGCUGUGAGUCGUCUGAGCGGGGCGUCGCCAGGGUGUCACGUAGCAAACCGACGGAGGCAGAAGGAGCACCACAGUGACAUGGAUCUGAGGAGGGUUGACUCCUUCGGUCAGGGGGAAGAGUCGCCCAGUCACCAGGGGCUGGGGCGGUCUCUAAGCGAGGGCUCGUGCGUGAACCCCAGUCUGACAUCUUUCCCCAGCCCCCCCUCCCCUUUUGAUGCCGGGAUCAACGUCCAAAUGAGGAGACAGACUCUGGGACCCAGCGUGCUGCCGGUGCACACUUCCACAUCUAUUUCUUCUCAUCAUAGUUUCUGUUUAGGGGACUUGCGUGUUGAGUCAGAUAGUGAGGGUAAAGGAGGAAGGGGCUGUUCUCCACCUAAGACAGACCCCAUGGUCGCGCCGCGAAACCCGCUGGAACCAAGUGGCCGGACGGAAUCCCUGACUGGCCCCACCGCAGAGCAAAUUACCAACAAACUUUUGAAGCUGCGGAAGAUCCUGGAGGAGCUGCUGUGCACCGAGAGGGAGUACGUGCGGGCGCUGGGCUACGUGGGGGAGCACUACUUCCCCGAGCUGGAGCGGGCCGACGUGCCCCAGGACCUACGGGGCCAGAGGGGGGUCAUCUUCGGGAACCUGGAGAAGCUGCAUGACUUCCACCGCCACACCUUCCUCAAGGAGCUGGAGGGCUGCGCCGAGAACCCCCUGCGUGUGGGCCGCUGCUUCUUGCGACACAGAGAGAACUUUGCUUUGUAUGCGCUGUACAGCAAGAACAAACCCCGUUCUGACGCUCUGCUGGUCCACCGUGGACAGGACUUCUUCAAGCAAAAGCAGCUGGAGCUGGGGGACAAGAUGGACCUGUGGUCGUACCUGCUGAAGCCCGUGCAGAGGAUCAGCAAGUACAGCCUGCUGCUGCACGAUGUGGCCCUCGAGUGUGGCCCGGGACACGCCCGUGAGAGGGCGGAGCUCUCCGCCGCCCUGGAGGUCAUCCACUUCCAGCUUCGCCAUGGCAACGACCUGCUGGCCAUGGACGAUAUCCACAGCUGUGAUGUGAACUUGAAGGAACAGGGGCAGCUGAUUCGGCAGGAUGAGUUCCUGGUGACUUUCCGGAAGAAGAAAUGUUUCCGGCAUGUUUUUCUCUUCCGGGACCUCCUCCUCUUUAGCAAGACGAAGAAAACGGGUGUGGGGAACGAUGUGUACAUCUACAAGCAGUCCUUUAAGACGUCAGACCUUGGCAUGACCCAUAACAGCGGCUGCAGCGGCCUGUGUUUCGAGAUCUGGUUCCGACGGAGGAAGAGCCAGGACACCUACACCCUCCAGGCCACCUGCAGGGAGGUGAAGGAGGCCUGGACCAAGGACCUCACACGCAUCCUCUGGGAACAGGCGCUACAUAACAGAGAGUUGCGUAUGCAGGAGAGCGUGUUCAUGGGCAUUGGAAAUAAGCGUUUUAUGGACAUCCAGCCCAGCGAUGCAGCCAUCAAAGACAGAGCCAUCAAUUAUGUACGGAUGGGAAGAGAAAUCAAGGAGGUAGCUUCUGCUAGCCAAUCUGGUUCACGUGACGGAUUACCUUUUGUGCGGCCAGAAUCUUUUGGCUCAGAGAGAAGUCUGUGUUCCUCCUCCUCCUCCUCGAUCGGCUCCCUCUCCCCAGCGGGUUACCUCGGUGGCUCGAAGCAGAGCAGGCUGGAAGGGCCUUCUGGAGCCCUGAAAGAGGGUGACCUGGAUCACAAUAUGGACAGCUCAGAGUCGUCAGGGGACAGUGUGAGUGUUCUGAGCCAAUCAACUCACAGCAUCCGCUCUGCUGGGGGGCGGGAGACGCAGGACACCAGGGUGAAGCAGGUGACCCUCGAGGAAGAAAGCAUGGCCGCGCCAGACGUCCCUUCACCAAACAUCCCCUCUGGAGUCCCAGAGAAAACACACGCAUUACCAUCCCCACCAUCACCACCAAAACCACCGCUGGUGGCCCCUAAGCCCAAAACACUGUACCAGCCCAACCAUCUAGCCUGUGGCAAGGUGCAGAGUGCUGUUGUGGGGAAGUCCACUGAGGUUUGAACUGGGAGACACAAGAUGUUACAGAUAUCCCUGGAGGAGCCAAGAGAAAGCCGUAUUGACAUUGUUGUAACUAUUGUAGCAAACAUUGUGUCUAAUACAGCCUCUCACUUUAAGCCAUUACCACUUCAGCCAUCUCACCACUAAUACGGAGGAUUCAAAAUGCCUACAUGUACUGUAUUAUGAUAAUAUAAUUAUUGUCUAACCUAUGAGAGACGGAAUAUAAGUUGCGUCAUUGUUUGCUUUUUUUCUACAUUUAUAACAUGGCUUCAUGAAGUGCAGUUCAAAGAUGUCGCAUCACCUAUACAAUGAAUGUGAAAUACUUACAUAACAUGUAUUUUUACAGAACAUUUUUACAAUUUUAGUUUUAACCGUUUUUGCUGCAGUUAUGGCACAUGGUUUUGCCAAAUGCUUUAUGUACAUGUGUGGAGAAAAUGUGCUUCAAUCGUUGGAAUUUAGAAAUAUAAGUGUGUACGAGUUGAGUACACACAGCAGCCCUGGUAUAUAAAUGUAUAUAUAUGCAGCUCCCGACAAUCACUAAAGAUAACAUGUGACACACACGGCCAAACUAUUUCCUGGUGAAUAGAAGAGUCAAAAUGUGACAGAGAAAAAUACAAAUUCCAGUGUUGAUAGCCUUAAAUGAUCUUCUCCUCAUCUGAAUAUUUGCGGGUGUGCCUACCAUCAUUAAGGGAUGACAGAAUUGUCCCUAUCAAUAUGUAUAGGCUUUUGCGUCCCUGCAGAUGCUAAAAUACUCAAUAAAUGCCCUGGUUUGUGUUUAGCCAUAUUUGUACGUCAAUCAGGCAAAAUAGUGUUUCAAGUAUUUAUGAUUGUUAUAUAUUUUUGUAAGAAUAAAAAAAAAUGUUGAAUGCAAUUCGUACAAUCACCAAAUAAUGGCCAAAAUGAGAGUCUUAAUAAAGUCAAGUAAUAAAAUACAUACUUCUGCAAUCCUAAAGUGUAGGCUACUUAAUAAUGGUGUGGAGCUGUUUGAAGUAUGAUGAAUGUCACAGCAAAUUGUUCAUUACAAAUUGUGUAUUACAAAUGUUCAUCUGCAUACAAGGUUAUACAAAGAAUGCAGUUUAAAGUUAUAAACUAUAAACCUAUGGAAUCGAUGACUAACUUUUUGUUUAACUAAUAUGACAUUAAUAUGAAAAACUCCAACAAACUGACCAACAUACCAUUGUAGGUCCAUUGUCUGAAAUGCAGCAUUUAUUCUUACUUUUAUAACUUUCUUUUCACAAUAAAGUUAAACAUGAGUUUUUUCUCAACUCUAUA